GACGCGGUAUUCGGAGAGCGCGACGGCAACGCGACGGUGUACGAGUCAGCCGCGCAGCCCGUGGUGCGAGCCGUGCUCCGCGGCGUCAACGGCACCGUCAUGGCGUACGGCCAGACGUCGUCCGGUAAGACGCACACCAUGUCCGGCAGUGACGCCGACCCGGGAGUCAUGUCGUUGGCGCUCAGGGAUAUCUUCGACGCGGUCCGCGCGGACGAGCACACGCGAAGGUACGACGUUCGGUGCUCCUACAUGGAGAUUUACAACGAGGAGAUUCGCGAUUUGCUCUCGCGCGAUCCCGACGGCAACCGAUCGCACAUCAAGCUCGUCAACGGCCACAACGGCCUGACGCAGGUGCUGAACCUCGAGGAACGCGUCGUCAAAUCGAGCGAAGAGGUGAACGACGUGGUGGCGGCGGGUUUGAAGCGGAGGCAGGUUGGCCGGACCGCCAUGAACCACGUCUCGUCCCGAUCGCACGCCGUGUUGCGCAUCAAGGUGGCGUCCGCGCCUCUCAUCGAGGGCGAUCCCAGCGCGGCACCCGCGACGGUGUCCACGCUGUACGUGGUGGACCUGGCGGGCAGCGAACGCGCGGCGCAGAACACGUCCAAGACGACGAAGAAGGAGGGAGCCGCCAUCAACCAGUCGCUGCUCACCCUUCGCCUGUGCGUGCAGAGGCUGGCGAAGGACGCGGAGGACGGCACGGAGAACACAUCGCACGUGCCCUACCGCGACAGCAAGCUCACGCGGAUCCUGCAGCCCGCGCUGGCGGGACCGGGGAGGACCGCCAUCGUCGCCGCGGUGACCCCGGCGGCUGGCAACGCGCAAGAGACGUACUCCACGCUGAAUUUCGUGGGCACCGCCAAGUCGGUCAAGAUGGACGCCAAGGUGAACGUCGUCAACCACGGGUCGGGCGCCAACCUGACGAGCGAGGAGCGCAAGGUGCUGGCGGACCUGCGCGCC